ACAUACGCACAAAACGAUUAGCGUCCAAUGCUGAAAUGUCAAAUGGAAACCCUAGCUAUCUCCCACCGCCUUCUUCCGCCGUCCCACCGCCGCACUUCCACUCGCACCACCGUAUCCGUCGUCUCCCCGUCCAUCACUCUCUCUAACAGAACCUCACGUUUUCUCACACUCAGAUGCUCCUCUGCUCAAUCACCAACCGCUUCGUCAGUCGACCAUUCGUUAAAGUUCAAGGAAGCUGCGAAGCAUGGAAACUUGAUCCCGUUAUAUCGGUCGAUUUUUUCUGAUCAUUUGACUCCGGUGUUGGCUUACAGGUGUCUCGUUAAAGAAGAUGAUCGGGAUGCACCGAGUUUUUUGUUCGAGUCUGUUGAGCCAGGGUUAAAGGCUUCUAAUGUUGGGCGGUACAGUGUGAUAGGAGCUCAGCCUACAAUGGAAAUUGUGGCAAAGGAUCAUAUGGUUACAGUUAUGGACCAUCAUGAAGGGCGGAGGACAGAGGAGUACAUGGAGGACCCUAUGGUUGCUCCUAGGAGGAUAAUGGAGCAAUGGAUACCCCAAAGAAUUGACGAGCUCCCUGACGCAUUUUGUGGUGGCUGGGUUGGUUAUUUUUCCUAUGAUACGGUGCGAUAUGUAGAAAAGAAAAAGCUUCCAUUCUCAAAUGCGCCAGAGGAUGACAGGAACCUUCCUGAUGUUCAUCUCGGUCUUUAUGAUGAUGUGAUUGUGUUUGAUCAUGUUGAGAAGAAAGCAUAUGUGAUACAUUGGGUGCGAAUGGAUCAAUAUUCUUCUGUUGACGAGGCUUUUAAGGAUGGAACAGAGCGUUUGGAAACUUUACUAUCUAGAGUUCAUGAUAUUGUUCCUCCAAAACUUUCUCCAGGGUCAAUUAAGUUGUAUACUAGUCUAUUUGGCCCCUCUUUGAAGAAUUCAAACAUGACAACUGAAGCUUACAAAGAGGCAGUGUUGCAGGCUAAAGAACAUAUUUUGGCUGGGGAUAUAUUUCAAAUUGUCCUAAGUCAGCGUUUUGAACGUCGUACAUUUGCAGAUCCCUUUGAAGUUUAUAGAGCUCUAAGGAUCGUCAACCCCAGUCCAUAUAUGACUUAUUUGCAGGCUAGAGGGUGUAUCCUUGUUGCUUCAAGCCCUGAAAUUCUUACUCGUGUGAAGAAGAGAAAAGUUACAAAUAGACCCCUUGCCGGGACUAUUAGGAGAGGGAAAACACCUAAAGAAGACUAUAUGUUGGAAAACCAAUUACUAAAUGAUGAGAAGCAAUGUGCAGAACACAUCAUGCUGGUUGAUCUAGGAAGGAAUGAUGUUGGGAAGGUUUCAAAACCCGGUUCUGUUAAUGUCGAGAAGCUGAUGAAUGUGGAACGGUAUUCUCAUGUCAUGCAUAUCAGCUCCACGGUUACCGGAGAGCUGCUUGAUGAGCUGAGUACUUGGGACGCUCUUCGUGCUGCAUUGCCUGUUGGAACAGUCAGUGGCGCUCCUAAGGUGAAAGCCAUGGAACUGAUUGAUCAGCUGGAGGUCACUAGGCGUGGACCAUAUAGUGGUGGGUUUGGAGGAAUCUCGUUCACUGGUGACAUGGACAUUGCCCUGGCAUUAAGAACUAUCGUGUUCCCUACAGCAGCACGCUAUGACACCAUGUAUUCGUACCGGGAUAUGAACAAAAGGCGUGAUUGGGUGGCUCACCUUCAAGCUGGAGCAGGUAUUGUAGCUGAUAGUGAUCCCGCUGACGAGCAGAGAGAAUGUGAGAACAAAGCUGCAGGUCUUGCACGUGCUAUUGAUCUUGCUGAGUCCUCAUUUGUGGAUAAGUGAGAAUUAAGAUCAAGUGGAUGCUGUUCAUGAGAGCACAAGGACAUGACAAGAGCUGCCUUCAAUUCCAAUGUGAUGCUUGGUUGUCUCUGGUACAAGUAAAUUUUCCUCAGGCGCUGGUUGAAGGACACCAUGGUUCGUUUAGGGUCUUGUCUUUUCAUCAUUCAGAAAAAAGUUAUUGUUAACACAAAGCCAUUUUCAAGCUUUUGGCUUUAAUGUUUUUGUGUAAAUGGUAGUUGCAGAAUAGUGCAACUCAAUUGACAGAUUUAUGCGUUUUUUCGAUACAUAAUGGAAGAUUUCUAUCCAUUUGCUAAA